CUACCGUAACAUCAAAUUGUGUUUCUUUUUGAUCGAUAACUUCAGAUGUAAAAGUGAUGGCGGUGAGCAAAAGCGCAAACACGUAUAAUCGACUGAAUUGGGAAGAGGCUGACUUCCCCAUUCUGUGCCAAACAUGCCUCGGUGAUAACCCCUAUGUUCGUAUGACCAAGGAGAAGUUUGGGCGAGAGUGUAAGAUAUGUCAGCGUCCCUUCACCAUAUUCCGCUGGUGUCCUGGGGCUCGGAUGAGGUUCAAGAAGACGGAGGUCUGCCAAACUUGUAGCAAACUGAAGAACGUCUGCCAGACUUGCCUGCUAGAUCUUGAGUAUGGUUUACCAAUCCAAGUACGUGAUGCUGCCCUCAAUGUCAAAGAUGAAAUGCCCAAAUCUGAUGUCAACAAGGAGUACUACUCCCAGAACAUGGAGCGAGAGCUGGCCAAUGCUGAAGGUAACCAAGCCCUAGGUGCUGUAGGGAAGGCCCAGGCCCCUAGCGAUCUUCUACUCAAGCUUGCUAGGACCACACCAUACUACAAAAGGAACAGACCUCAUAUAUGCUCCUUCUGGGUCAAGGGGGAGUGUAAGAGAGGAGAAGAGUGUCCGUACCGGCAUGAGAAGCCAACAGACCCAGACGAUCCUUUGGCUGAUCAGAACAUCAAGGAUCGUUUCUACGGAGUGGAUGAUCCCGUAGCCGACAAGCUGAUGAGACGAGCAGCGGCCAUGCCUAAGCUAGAAGCUCCUGAGGAUAGGAUGAUCACAACGCUCUAUGUCGGUGGCCUGGGGGACAAAGUCACAGAGGAAGACCUCAAGGGUCACUUUUAUCAAUUUGGUGAGCUACGGAGCAUCAACGUGGUUCCCAAGCAGCAGUGUGCUUUUGUUACCUUCACAAACAGACAAGGAGCUGAAGGAGCUGCAGAGAACUCCUUCCAAAAGCUGAUCAUCAAAGGUCGAAGGUUAAACAUCAAAUGGGGGAAGCCCCAAGCCCAGCUGGGGUCAGGGAAGAAGGAGGAUGACAGUGAGAAGGAGCUGAACUAUGAACCUGUACCGGGUCUGCCUGGAGUAUUACCACAUCCACCACAAAUGAGCCAAGACCAAGGCAACGCACCAUUCCCUCCCCCCAUGCUACCUCCCCCUCCAAUGAACAACCCGCCCCACCCCCACCACGCUCAGUUCAGACCACCUCCAGGCUACGGCAUGGGUAUGCCCCCACCCCCUCGGUUACCUCCUCCUCCCCACCACAUGCACCCAGGCAACAGGGGAAGGUUCCCCCCUCCCCCUCCAGGUGGACCACCCCCAAGGAUGCCCCGGUAUCCUCCUCCCCCUCCCUUCGGAGGCAGGAGAGACGGCCCAAUGCCACCCCACAUGCGACACAGAAUGCCCCUGCCCCCUCCCCCGAACAUGCCCCCGCCCCCACGGUCACAGCAGGGUAGUGGAAAGCCCCCAGCAGUACAUUACCCCUCCCAGGAUCCACAGAGGAUGGGGACAGGGGUAGAGGAAUCAUCUUCUAAAUCUUAGUAUUCUGUCUAAGUCUAACACCAUAAGGGUUUUUGAAAUGGUAGUCCACCCAGAAUCAAGUUGGUGUUCAUAAGAGCAGGAAAUGAAAGGUUGAUGAAAAUCCAAGUAAAGUAUAAUACAAUGAAGAUGUUUUAAAUCUCUGAUGGAUUAACAAAACUGGCAACUCUGUGAUUUUUCUUUGUUUUGUAUAAGAAACAAGAAAUUAUUUUAUUAAUAAAUUAUUUACUCCUCUUUGAAAUAGAUCUAUUCCUGAAUCGAAACCAGAAAAUUAUAAAAGUUUGAUAACUUGCAUUCUAUUUAUAACAAAUUUAAUGGGGAAAAAUUGCUGAUAGCAAGGACAAUCAUUACAACUUUCAUAUGGUUUGUUGUAUUUUCCUCCAACUUUCGCCAAUCUAUUUCUGCCAUUUUCUGCUUUUAUUAAAACCAACUUUGUAUAAGAGUGGACUUUCCCUUCAAACCUUGAGUUACCUCAGUUUAAACAUAGAAAUCACUCUUUUAAUACAAUUCUGAUGCAUGGGAUGAAAUUGUAUAGCCUCCAUAGACUAGACAUCCUUCUGUAUGUACGUUGUACCACAAACAAGCUACAAAGGACUACAGACCAGUAUGUCUCCCAUAUUUCCAGUUACACUUUAUUUUAAUUUUAUUUUAUUCUGGAAGGCAACUGAUAAAGUAUCACUGGUGUAGUCAGUCUCUCAACUUUGUGAUCCAUUGUCUGUUUACGUUUAUGGAUAUUUCUGUCUCGUGUACAGGCAAAUCCUAUUUUAACAAACUUGCUUGUAAUGAAUACCGCCUAUUGUGGUGAUAAUUUCAUCUUGUGACAGUGCUUUGUGCAGGUCUUUAAACUUUCUUAGGGUAGGAUUUGCCAGUAUAAAUGUGUUGUACCUUUUUUAGAUUAUUUUUGUCUGAAUUGUCGAGAGUGGAUAUUCUUGCUACAAUUUUUGUUUUAAAUGUUAACAUACUGAGCAGAUGCAAGUCACAUUGCAGGAG